AUGCAAAAUAUCACAGAUGCCAACGAUCUACAUCGAGCUCGUGAUAUUAAAACCGCACGGAACCUAGAAAAACCGAUGUUCGUACAAACAGAUUUAAGAUUAGCUAGAAAUGAUAUAUUUCCUAACGUAACAGCCACUACACUGCCCGAAUUCAAACCAAUAUCAGAUGAGCAGAUAGAAAAAGUAUCGAGAAUUUUAAAAGAAAUGUCGAAGAAAAGAACUGGCCGCUUAUUAGACAGUAGCGCACAAGAAGCUCAAAUAAAAGCGAAUGUUCUGAAAAAAUUCUCCCAGAAAGCGGACAGGCAGGACGAGAAAAAGUGUCCACAAGGGGGCACAUGCGAAUUCUUUUUCUAUUGUUGGAUGGUUGGUGGUCUUUUGGAAGGUUCGUGCGGUGGAUUAUUGAAGGGGUGUUGCCACAGAGUCGCUAAAGCUGGCAUUCUUGGUGUUCAAGAUUCGAACAGCAUUGAUUAUGGGCCAAGCGCGGGACUAAGUUAUGGGCCCGUCAUAAACGACGAAAGUAAGUUUUACGCUUCGUGA